UUUCUUGUUUGCUUGUGAUAUUACUGCAUGAGAUAAAGAUAAAGUGGUGCAAUGUUGACUGAUCAUCCAGUGAAUCCUCUGAGCUCAGGCAUUCCCUUUGGAGUCGCACACAACCCACAUAGAAAGAGGGUCUCACGCCUCAGGUCAAGGAGUCCUCUGAAGAGAACUCAAAACUGCUUUUUUGGGGUGGAGACCUGGGCUGAGCUGGUCUGGGAGGGCUGGGAGCCAGGACGAGAGUAUACCAAAUCAUUGUUCCUUAGAAGCAUUCAUGGAAAACUCCAGAAACUCACCUUCAGACCUCCUGCUUCCAAGUUCUUCAGCACACCAUUUCCUCAGACCAUUCUUCUGAGCCCAGGAACUUCUUACUCACUCCCAGUUACUUUUCAGCCUCUUGAGAAUUGUGAGUACGCGGACACUAUAGAGUUCCAGGGUAAGGAAGGCACAUUCCACGUGUCUCUGCGAGCUGUGAUUCCUCAUCAUGCCCUAGAGGUACCAGACACGGUGAUGCUGCUACCCUGUGCUGCCCAGCACAGCUCCCAAACCAGCUUCCUCUUUCGUAAUUCCAGUAAGCUGCAGACAGGAUUCAGGUGGUUUGUGGAUCCUCCGUUCCAGCUGUCCCCUGAGACUGGACAGUUAAAGCCUGGAGAAGAAUGCAGGGUUACAGUAGAGUUGAAACCCCAGCAGGCUCUAGUGUAUCAGGCUGAGGCCUGCUGUGCUUUUGGAGAUGAUGGGGAAAGCAGCUGUACUGUGCUUCUGCAUGGGCUGUCCAAGUACCCUCACCUCCAGAUCAGCUCCAUGGGGCAGGAGGAAGGCUGCAAGGUGCUUGAGUUUGGCAGUGUGGCAGUAGGAGACUCUCUUGAAAGGCACUUUGAGAUCUACAACCUCUCCACUGUUAGCACAACAUUCAGUCUGACCUGGUUGAGACGUCCCGCUCUCAUGGAGUCUGUGUUCUGCUGUGAGGUGCAUGAGGGGAAGAUCGCUCCAAAUUCAGUGUUGAAAGUCCCUGUCUGCUUCUCCCCACUCACAGUGGACAGCAUAAGUGUCGACUACCUCUCUCUUACCUGUCCUGGGGCUGUAAGCAAAGACCUGCUCAAAAUGUCAGGCACCUGCAUAGGUCCAAUAGUGUCUCUAAAUACCUCUGUACUGGAUUUUGGCUGUGUUGAGGAGGGCACAGAGGUCACACACAAUGUACAGAUCAUCAACUCCUCUGCAGUAUUGGCUCAUUACCAGUUUGAUGUGGACACUGGCAGCCAUAGUGUGUUCAGCAUUGAUAAGCCUUGUGGCUCUCUGCCAGGCAGCAGCAAACUCACUCUGCAUGUGAAAUUCCGCCCAUAUCAACCUAUAGCUUAUCACAAGACAGUGACCUGUUUACUGCUGCACAGGGAGCCACUGUUUCUGGAUCUGAUUGGCACCUGUCACUCCGAGCAGUUGAAGCCAGCCGUUUUAACCCCCAGACACUUGAGUAUCUACAGAAUGAAUCUGCUACGAGGGCUCACCUGUUAUCCUCCUGACAUACUGAGUUCCUUGCUGGACGAACACAAAUUAAAACUGGAUGAUAGCGGAGCAUUGCUAAUCCAGGAGGUUCUGAGGGAUCAUAGAAAUGUGGAGGAUCGGACUUUGUGCCCACCCUGGUGCCUUACAGUCAGGGUGAGCAGUCACUCGUUUCAGCCUGGAAAAGAGCACUUCAUCCCCAACUUCUCUCUUCAACACCCUAAAGUAGUAUUCCCAGCACUGAGACAAGUUGCAUACCGCAGUAUUCUCCUGCAGAAUACAGGGGACCUGCCCUUGAUCUUCAGACUAGACCCAGAAGAAUGUCCAUCUGUAUGCGUGCUGCCACCCAGUGGUCUGGUGCCAUCAGGCAGCCACCAGAUCCUCACAUUCAGAUGCACUCCAUCACCGGAUCACCCUGCCAGUAUCCCUUUGACAUUACAUCUGAAUGCCAGCCCCAAACACACACAGGUACUGAAUGUCGCUGUAGCAGAGAAGCUUUCCAUGAGUGUGGAGGGGGAUGGCAGUCUGUUCUUUCAGCCCACAGCCAUGGGCUCCUGCUCUGAGAGAACCCUGCGGGUGAAGAACCUGAGCACAGUGCCAGUGGAGUUCAAGUGGAGGCUGUGUGGAUCUGACCAAAGGGUUCUGACUGUUCUGCCGGACACAGACACGCUCCAGCCCAAUGAAUCGAAGGUACAGAAGUGGUCCUUUGCCCCUAUAGAGGAGAUGAUGUACAGCAUGAAGCCUAGUCUCACGUUCUGGCCUGUCCAAACGCCACAAUGCAAGAAGUCCAGGCUUACCAUUAAAGCUCUUGGAUUGGCAUCCAAAGGGUCUCUCCAGGCAGAGCAUCCUGUUAUAGAUCUUGGUGAGGUUCUGGUGGGAAGCUGUAAGUCAUUUGAUGUCCCUCUACUGAACGACAGCCCCUGUGCUGUCAGCUACUCUCUGACCACAAAGCAGAACGUCACAGUUACAGGCCUCCCUGAAGAUAUGACUCAAGAUCCUUUGGUUCUGGAGAUGGAGAAUGUAAGUGGAACCAUACCUGCUGACUGCAGGCUACCGAUCCGCUGCACAGUGAAACCGGCACGCAGGGCCCAUUACUGCUGGACCAUCAGUUACCACAUCCUCAAUGCUUCUGGCUAUGGGGGAGGAGAGCCGCAAUCUGUUUGCCAUGUACAGGCCGAGGGAGUGUACCCCACCCUGGAGGUGAUGGAUGCCCGUAGCUGUGGCAGUGUGGAGGGACUUAGUAAACUGCAGCUCUGGCGCCUCUUCAAUCUGGAUGCACUCAACACUUAUCUACGCAGAGAUCCCAGCCCAUCUGAGCUCACCUUCAGGGUGCCUACUAGACACAGUUUUCAACGUUGCCCUUCCAUCUUCACCUCAGCCAUGUUGGAUUUUAGCUUCAGUGCUGCUCCCCUAGGCUCAGACCCCUCCAGUAUUCUGCUUUUGUUUAAGAACCCAGGAAGUAUUCUUGUAGAGUGGUCAUUCUUGCUUCCAGAGGACCAGCAGAUUGAGCUGGAGUACUGGGCUGAGUCUGGAGAUUUCAGUCCAUCUGAGCUCCACCUGAUGAAGAUUCAGGACCACAGGCUCUUCUCCGUCUCCCCACGCUCUGGUAAACUCCUGCCCGGCCAACAGAGGACAGUACAAUUCACAUACAGACAUGACUUUGUGGGGACAGAUCGUCUUCCUGUCUUGUUGAAACUUUCACAUGGAAGAGAAAUACUGAUGAAUUUUAUAGGAGUAACUGUGGAAAGAGACAGACGCUACAUGUACCUCUCCUCCAACCGGCACAUCUUUUCCCCGGUGGCAAUUGGAAGGUUCAGUCCCCCCAAACAGGUGUUUGAGUUGUAUAAUGCUGGUGCUCUUCCGCUGAGAUACCACAUCGACACCACUCCACUGGAGGAGCUGAUGGAGGAGAACUUUAGUCACCCAGUCUUACAGUGUCUGAACCCUGGAGGAGAAGUGGAACCAGGCCACACCGCCCUGGUGGAGUGGAUCUUCUCCCCACUGGAGGCUAAAACAUACAGUGUGGACGUACUUCUACACGUGGUGGAGGGGGACAGCAUGUUUGUAACCUUUGAGGGCCAAGGCUUUGAUGAAAGAGAGGCAGAACCCAUUCAGAUACAAGAUGGGCGUAUUGCUGUGCCUUGCACUCAAAGAAUCCCAAUACCUGAACAAGUGGUGUUCCUGUCAGAAGAGAGAGUGUGUUUUGGUGAUAUCCCAGUGGGCUCUUGUAGUACACGCAUCCUUUUUUUGACCAAUGUCUCACACACAGACCAAGUGUUGUAUAAAUGGAAUGGAACAAGCACAGAAUGCCAACAGACUGUAAAUAUCCAUCCUGAGAGUGGUCGUCUGGCACCAGAGGAGAGUGUUCCCUGCAUCCUGACAAUAAAAGACUCGGGUAGCCCCACUUUCUAUCAGCAAGACCUCAUCUGUGAGAUAACUCUUGUAAAGAAGCUUGCACAGUAUCACAAAGACCUUCGACAGUGGGAGGAAGAGACAGAAAGACAGAAAUAUGAGUUUACUAUCACUGAGAAAGACCUGAUACAGACAAACCAACUGGAUAAAUGCUCUCAGGAAGGUGCAGUGUUUGAACAGAAAACUGGCACAAGAAAAUACAAGACUCUUCCACCCAUUCGUAGCAGUGAACAAGCUGAAAGCAGUUCCUCAGUGAGACCCAGUCGGGCUGAACAGCGGGCUCAGCAGCAGACAGGCCAGGAAAGGAGAAGACGUCCCGAACCUCCUCGUCCUGCAAUACUGCACUUAGGUGUCACUGCACGCUCUCACAGCCUCAUGGAUUACCAGACACAUUUCCCCACUCAGUUCAACACUCAUUACAUCAACAGGUCUAGGCAACCCAAGCUUUUUCAAUCUGGGACAGGUGAGAGCUGCCAUUGUCCUGCAGACCUGCCCCCACUUACUCUGGGUCCUGAGAGAGAUGUCAUCACACACGUGCUCACCUCUUUACUACAGAGUCUCCUAGAUGAGCCUCAGUUCCAGCAGUCUCUGGUAGAGGGCGACAAUGAGCAGGUGCCAUACUUCACACAGCUGCGGCCUGCUCCUGCGCUCCCCACACAAACACAACCCCGUUCUGCUACAGGCAACCAGAGUCCUGUAGAAAUGUCCAGUGUGUCCAGUGUCAGUCCAGCAGAGACUUACACAGGAAACUGUAGCACUGCAGACAGACCCAAGAGUGAGUGUGUCCAGGAGUCUCUGAAAGAAGUCCAGGAGGAGAUAAAAAUUAAGGUCCAGGAGUCUAUUCGCAGGUUUCCUGAGUUUAGUGACCUAGUGGAGGACAUUUUGCACAAUACCUUGCAGAACCUAAUGAUGGAGGCUUUCUUGGGUGAGCUGGUGCUGACGACACGACCACGAAUCAUCGCUCUUCCACCUUCAUCUUCCAGGAAAAACAGCCUUGGCUCCAACAGACAGUCCAGGGCCGAAUCGAAUAACAACAGGGAGCAGAUGCGCCCCCUAGUGACCAGCCCAAGCCCCUACAUGUCUACUCAAGCCAUAGUCUCAAACCUGGAGCCUGAGCAGCAAUGAGCCAUUCUGCACUAGUAACUUAACACUCAGUAUCUGUAUGACAUGUUUGAGACUGAUUCGUAUUAAACCGUUUUUAAA